UAGAAACUGAAACAAAUGUAAGAUUAAUAAAGGGACAUCCUUCACCCAGGAGACGACAGAUUAAUCCAGAAAUAUCCAUGGCUGUUGUCGCUGACAGAGAUGCUGCACCUAGAAAGGACAACCAAGGGUGGAAGAUACAGCCUAAUGAUUUCAAAAGAAAUUAUUUGCCUGGCCAACAUCCAAAGGUGGUACAGCUGCUGUAUGAAGUCAGGUGGAGCAGAGGUACCAUCUGGAGGAACUGGUGCUCAAACACUUCUACUCAACAUGCAGAAGUCAACUUCCUGGAAAAUUGUUUCAAGGGUGGGCCAUCAGUUUCUUGCUCCAUCACCUGGGUCCUAUCUGUUACCCCUUGUGGGAAAUGCUCCAGAAGAAUUUUGGAGUUUUUGAGGGUACAUUCCAAUGUGACCUUGAAAAUAUAUGCAGCCAAGCUAUUCAAGCACCUGGAUUUCCGUAACCGGAAAGGUCUCAGGAACCUGGUGAUGAAUGGAGUCGUCAUACGUAUCAUGAAUCUUGCAGAUUACAAUUACUGCUGGAAAACAUUUGUUGCAUAUCAACAUGGAGAAGAUGAUUAUUGGCCCUGGAACUUUGCUUCAUACAUCUUUCUGAACUGGACAGAGCUCCGUCAUAUCCUUUUGCUGCAGAAGUAUGGCCUACUAUCCUACUAUGCAAGAAGAAGAUGGUUCACAGAACAGGAGAGGAGACCAGGACUGCAGUUAACUUUCUGUCUCAGCCACCCUUUGUGGGGGACUUCCUCCAUUGCUGGAAUAUUGAAUACUAGCAAGCAUCAGUGGCAGCAUGCUUUCAAGAUCACUUUGUUCAUCAUAACAUUAAAUAUAAGACUGGAAAAGCCAGUCUCUGCCAGCCUGUUCCACUGAAGCCUUGAACUUUGAGCUUCAUAUUGUCACCAGAGAAGGCUCUUAUCACUGACAAGGCUUUGCUAAGUACUGGACACAACAGAAGGACAUAAACCACCAGGAAGUUCAGAUGAUGCAACCAGGCAAGGAGGACAAACAGUGCUUCUCGAUCUUUACAAGGCUUCAAUGGGAAUGGAGACCAUACUUCAGAAUCAAGCCUUUUCAUGUCUCAUCCUACAAUGAGAUUCUGCAAGUGGCCUCUUGAGAGGCUAGCAACUAACAUUUUCCAUGGUCUGAGCUGUUCCAAAGAGAUUAUUGAAGCAUUCUGGAUUUUAUAGAAUUUCUAUGCAGAUCACUUUUAUGAUGUCUGGAGUUCAGCUAACAUAGAGUUAGUUUUCACAAGAAGCUGGGAGGGGACACAGCCAGGGGAUCCAACCAAGCUCUCCCAGGUGAUAUUGGAUACCAGAUGACAUCAUGCUCAGCUCAGUAGAUAAACUAGGGGAGCUGGCUAGGGGGCAGAGGAGGAAUCAAGGCUUGAGAGCAGGCUGGGCAUUGGGCUCUGGAUGGCGAGCAAUUGCAAUGUACAGCACUCUUUGUAUAUUCCUUUUAACAUUACUAUUAUUAUUUCUUCUUUCUUUAUGCUGUCCCAUUAAACUGUUCUUAUCUCAACCCCAUAAGUCUUUACCUUGGACAGGGAUUUAACUUGUCCCUUGGACAAGGAUUCUUUUCCCUAUCCAACCAAGGUGGGGAGGAGUGAAACAAGCAUGUUGCUGGCUGAGCCCAAACUGCAACAUAUGGCUAUGUAUGUUUCAGAAAAUACUUCAUGCUAUUACUGCAUUUACAUAAUAUUUCUUAUACUACUGCUUUUAUUACAGCAUAUGAUUCUAUGAUCAUAUUACUAAGGAUUAUAUUGCUUUGUUAAGGUUUCAUUCUCCCCAUAACUGUAGAAGCAACAGAAUAAAAGGGAAAACAUCAGCUUGUGGAAACUUUGCUUCUCUUGUUCAGUUCAUGGGCAUGCAUCCUUCCCUUGUAAUUCCACACUCUUCAGUCCUACCUGUUCUUUACAGACUGGGGGAACACAGCAACAAGUUUCUGCUUUUUCAGAUGGAAAUGCUAAUAGUGAGGUAGGAAAUACUG